GGAGAAGUGUUGAAUGCGCCAAAAGAGCAACAUGUGUGUUUUUUAGCUGUAUAUCGAUCUGACGUUUAUUUUUUGCUCAAGCUGUGAGACGUAUUUUCGCAAGUUUCCUUAGUGUUCGCGGUUGUUUUUGGGAAAAUUCGCGCUGUUAGUGUGGGAUUUUCCGGUUAAAAUAGUGUUUCUCGCCAGGCCAUACUUUGCGUCGUCUCCUAAGGGUUUUAGCGCAGAAUUACAGUCGUGUGGUUCAAGCUCCGACGCGAACACCCGCGUUUACAGUCCAAAAGUGCCGACGGCAUACGACACAGUCCGACCGGGGGCACGUCGUGGCUAGUUUCACUGGCGUAUUCUGCUGAAUCCCGGAUUUUCUAAUUUUCCAGAGGGAUACUGUACAUCGGAAAAUUAUCCGGGACAGAACGAGACGCGUUUCCAGCUAGUGCUCGCUAUCACUGAUUUUCCACUGCUAAGACAAUGCUGUAAACAGAUAGAAGAAAUCGUUCGCGAACGCGCGUCUUAUUUAAAUUUGUCAAUUUCCCAACAAACUAAUGUCAGAUGGGCCAUAGUGAGCUUAGAUAACUCUCGAUUCAACCCGAAAAAACAGAGCAAUGAGAAAAAUUACGUUCAAAGGAGUUUUCGAUAAUUUUCGAAAUUCCGUCGCUCAGCCGCCAUCCAGGGCCGACCAGGAAGUUCAGGAGACUCUGCGGCCCGAGAACUUCCAAGUCAAAAGGACGUUUCGACAUGGAUUUCCAUACCAACCGACUGCAAUGGCUUUCGAUCCCAUCCAGAAGCUGCUUGCGCUCGGAUCAAAAUGCGGAUCGCUCAGAAUUUUUGGCCAGCCUGGAGUGGAUGUGCAUGUUCGACACGACAUGGACGGGCCGCCUGGAUCAGCUGCAAUUUUGCACUUGCAGUUUUUGGUCAAUGAAGGUUUCCUGAUUUCGGCCACGGCAGACGACACUCUUCAUCUGUGGAGCCACAAGCAGAAAGUGCCGCAAAUUGUCCAGAGCCUGAAGUUCCAAAAGGAGAAGAUCUCUUAUAUGCAUCUUCCGCUCCAAUCAAAGUGGAUGUACGUCGGCACGGUGAAGGGCAAUGUUCAUGUGGUGCAAAUCGAAACGUUCUCCCUUUCAGGAUAUAUAAUAAAUUGGAACAAAACAAUCGAACUUACCAUGAAAACUCAUCCGGGGGCUAUAGUUCAUUUAAGUGAUAAUCCGUUAGAUGCUAGCAAAUUAUUAAUAGGGUAUGAAUCUGGCCAAAUAGUAUUAUGGGACUUGCGAAGCCGAAAUAUCGAGAUGCGAUGGCUGGCUUAUGAUCUCAGGUCGAUAUCCUGGCACUACGAAGGCAAGCAGUUCAUGUGCGCCCAUGCAGAUGGAACAUUGACCACGUGGAACAUUCGAAAUAGUCAGAAAUAUGUUCAUAUUUCUCAACCUCAUGCCAAAUUUAAUAAAGAUGGAAAGCCCGAACAGUGCAAACCCAUCGGUAAAGUUGAGUGGAAGACUAAUAGAGCAGGGGAAGCAUUUGUGAUAUUUUCCGGAGGAAUGCCUUACGACCAAGCUUGUCGAACGCCCAGUAUUACUGUUGUACAUAAUAAGACGACGACCGUUUUAGAAAUGGAGCACAACGUGAUAGAUUUCGUUACUUUAUGCGAGUCGCCAUAUAUCAGUGAUAUGCAGGAGCCGUUCGCAAUAAUCGCCCUCCUCCAAAACGACCUGGUGGUUGUGGACCUACAAACGCCCGGAUACCCCUGGAUAGAGAAUCCCUACCCGAUGAAUAUCCACGAAUCGCCGGUGACCUGCGUGAGUUAUCUGGCCGACUGUCCAGUGGAUCUGAUCCCGGCCUUUUAUUCCGUGGGCAGAGCCGGAUCGAGUAAACGGCAGGGUCUGAGCGAGAUGGACUGGCCGAUCAACGGGGGCACCUGGUCUGCACAGGGCUGCAGCUAUGCGGAAGUCAUUCUCACUGGGCACGCCGACGGCAGCAUCAAGUUCUGGGAUGCGAGCGCCGGCACUUUGCAAGUCCUCUACAAGUUGAAAACGUCGAAAAUUUUCGAAAAACCCAAGUCCAGAUCGACCGAAUCGGAGGAGGAUCCGUUUGCCAUCAAUUUGAUCUCACUGUGUCCGGAGUCGAGGAAACUGUGCGUUGCUGGAGCCUCCAGUCAUGUGAUGCUCUUCACCUAUAAGAAAACGGAAAGCAGUGAUGAGGUGAUGGUAUUGGAAAUCCCCAUAGUAUACGAAGUGAUUGAAGACGAAAUAUCGCCAGAUUGCCAGUUUUCUGGACCAGGCAGCGCCGGCUCCGGCAACAAGCUGGAUCUGCUGGAUUUGGAGAACAAAAGGGAAGGUUGCACCUUGAAAGUGCGGACUGGCGCUCAGAAGAAGCCUGCAGGAUUUCAAGCGCAACUAGUUUGUCUGACGCCGUGGAACAACGGCGAACCACCGAGUCACAUUACCGCUUUAACCAUAAAUAGUUCUUAUGGGCUAAUGGCUUACGGAAACGAGGCCGGCCUUGUGAUAGUAGAUAUAGAGCAAAGAGUGUGCCUGCUGAAUGUGGGCAGUCCGGACCUGUACGGGGCCCAGGAUCCGUACUAUCGGGUUCCGCGCAGCCCGAAGAAGAACCAAGUGGUUCCCGAGGCGAUUCCUUUGGACUUUGAGCGGCAGCCCCGCAGCCCCAGCAUCGAUCAGACAAGCUGGACAGCAGUUUCUCGCGAUCCAGAUCCAGCUCGAUGAGCAGCCUGGAAAACAUCACCUCCGAGGCGGUUCAGUGCUUGGUGUUUGCCGACUCCUACACGAGAAAGUCAGAGCCUACAGUGCUGACUCCCACCCUGUGGGUGGGCACCAGUCUGGGAUCAGUGCUGCCCAUCCUGAUCACGCCUCCUGAUCCAGACAGCCGCUCGUCGCAACCAGUGGUGGUGUCGAUGGUUGGGAUGACAAUUUUCCGCUUAAAGGGCUCGAUUUUGACGAUGUCUUUUCUGGACUGUAGCGGCUCGUUGAUUCCCUACUCCUAUGAGGCCUGGAAGGACGAUAAUCGGGAAAAACGAGAACGAGACAGAACCCCAACUAGGAACCAAAACAGGAUGAGUCCCACGCUGGGGGAAAACUUCAGCAGAAGCGACAACUACAGCGAUCGGCAAUUUGUGGUGAUCGCCAGCGAAAAGCAGGCCAGAGUGGUGGCGCUUCCUUCCCAAAGCUGCGCCUACAGGCAGCAGCUUGCGGACAGCGACUUUGUGGUCAAAGCUGAAGUGAUUUCACUCAAAGAUAGUGUGUGCCUGGUAACAUACGUCUCGAAUGGACACUUGAUGGCCUACAGUCUUCCCAGCCUUCGGCCGCUGCUGGAUAUCGACUUUCUGCCCCUAUCGGAACUCAGUUUCCAGACACCCAGUAAUAAGGGAAUUGUAGAUCCCAUGUUGUCGAUAUGGGGCCAACAACUAAUUGUAAACGAGGACACCGAUCA